GCGCCGCCCUGUGCCAAAAGACCCUCCUGGCUAUGUGGGGUGUUUAGUUCGCUGCCGGAGGCCGGAUUUUCCUCCCGCUUUCCUUCGCCUGGCUUUCGCGUCCAAGGCGCGGCCGCCGCGAUGCCGCUGUACGAGGGGCUGGGGAGCGGCGGGGAGAAAACCGCGGUGGUGAUCGAUCUGGGCGCGGCCUACACCAAAUGUGGCUUUGCGGGUGAAACCGGACCAAGAUGUGUUAUUCCUAGUGAAAUAAAGAAGCCUGGUAUCUCAAAGCCGAUCAAAGUUGUUCAGUACAACAUUAAUACAGAAGAGUUGUAUUCGUAUCUGAAGGAGUUUAUCCACAUGCUCUAUUUCAGGCACCUGCUGGUCAACCCUCGUGACCGUCGUGUUGUGAUUGUGGAGUCGGUGCUGUGCCCUUCCCAUUUCAGAGAGACCCUCACAAAGGUUCUGUUCAAGUAUUUUGAGGUUCCUUCAGUGUUGUUUGCCCCAAGCCACCUGAUGUCUCUCCUGACCCUUGGCAUCAACUCUGCUAUGGUCUUGGACUGCGGUUAUACAGAAAGCCUGGUGUUGCCUGUUUACGAAGGCAUUCCAGUGCUGAACUGCUGGGGUGCCCUUCCUUUUGGAGGAAAAGCCAUCCACAAAGAGUUAGAAUAUCAGCUGCUGGAACAGAGCACUGUGGAUACUGGAACCAGCAAAAGACAGAGUCUUCCCUCGGUGAUGGGUUCUGUUCCAGAAGAAAUUGUUGAAGAUAUAAAAGUUCGCACUUGCUUCGUGAGUGACCUCCAGCGGGGACUGAAAAUUCAGGCAGCAAAAUUCAAUCUGGAUGGCAGCACGGAGCGUCCAGUUCCGCCUCCAGAUGUAGACUAUCCGCUGGAUGGGGAGAAGAUCCUGCACGUGAAUGGAGCAAUCAGAGAUUCUGUUGUUGAGAUCCUCUUUGAGCAGGAUAACGAAGAGAAAUCAGUGGCUACUUUAAUCUUGGACUCCCUUGUUGAGUGUCCAAUAGAUACGAGAAAGCAGUUGGCUGAGAACUUGGUGGUGAUCGGUGGCACCGCCAUGUUGCCCGGGUUCCUGCACCGGUUAAUGGCGGAGAUCAGGUACCUGGUGGAGAAGCCCAAGUAUAAGGAGAGGCUGGCCUCCAAGGCCUUCCGCGUGCACACCCCGCCCGCCAAGCCCAAUUGUGCGGCUUGGUUAGGAGGUGCCAUCUUCGGAGCCCUCCAGGACAUCUUGGGGAGCCGUUCUGUUUCGAAGGAAUAUUACAACCAGAUGGGCCGCAUCCCGGAUUGGUGCUGCCUCAACAAUCCUCCUUUGGAAAUGAUGUUCGAUGUGGGCAAGACGCCUCCACCUCUGAUGAAAAGAGCCUUUUCCACAGAGAAGUAAACAUCUGCCCCAACCAGAUGUUCUGUUCACCUAGUGGCGUGUUCUUCCUUAUUCUGUUUUGAAAUGUCAGGACGGUGAUGAAGAUGAAGGCUGGUGGUCAGAUAAACGUCUAGAGCUGAAUCCUGGGUUAGGGGCGAGAUCAGCCACACUGACGUAAAACAAAGCCCUAGCAGUACAGUUAUUUAUAUGUACAGUCAUUGCAGGAUGUUGUCCCAAGUCUGCAACCUUUAUUAUUAUUUAAAGCUUUUAGAGAUAGGGGGAAAAAAUGAAACUGAAAUAGCCUGUGUAACGUUUUCCGUCAAACUCAGUGUAGCGGCUAAACUCUUGUUGCUUUGCUUGAGUAGGCCCAUUGGAUCAGUGGGGAUUGAGUGAGUCAGCUCUGCGUAACUCCUCUGUAAGUUCCAUUGAUUUAAAGAGGCCUACUCAAGUUGUGCCUUAGUGUGUUGAAAUAAGUUGCAACUAGAGUAGGCCCAUUUGAAUCAAUGGAACUUACAAAGGACACACUAAAUCCUUGUUGUUGAUUCACUGGACCAUCUCUAUCGCUGCUUGUGACACUUAAGGGUUUUGUCCAAUGUGUCGUUUCACAUUGUGGCUGAUUAAAGCAUGAGAAACAAAACUCCA